CGCCAUGUGAUCCUUCUGAAAUCCUUCUCUCUGUUUUCAAUUUCCUUUUUUUUUUCUUUAAUAUUUGGUUUAAAAACGAAGUACCAACAAACCCACAUCUGUAUUCAAUCUCCUGUUUCUUAUUAUCUACUUCACCGGCGAAACCAGAAACCGAAAGCCCCAUUUCAUCUGCUUUCUAUCUUCUGCUUGAAGUUUUUUUUUUUUUUGGGGUUUAAAUUUAAAUGAUCGUCGAAUGGCGGAGUUUGUCUACAGACCCACCAAAAAUCGGGGUUUCUACCUCAGGAUGAGGUUGCUACACAAGAGCCGGCUGUCGCCGGAGAAGAGCACGUUCUUCAGAUGCUACAAAUGGGUUUUGUGGAUUUCUUUGUCUCUGUAUUUUUUCAGCUCCUAUUUCAUCAGUCACAAACCCAUCCCGCUUUCUAAAAUCCACCUAUUGAACUCCAAUUCUGUUCAUCCUUCUCGGGCCUUGUUCGAAUCCGUCAACCGAACCUUGCAGGAAUCCGGAGCUGAUCGAGGGUCGUUCAAGGAUUUGAAGUUGUUUGUCUAUGAGCUGCCCCAGAAAUACAACGAGGACUGGCUCGCCAACCAGCGGUGCAGUAGCCACCUGUUCGCCGCAGAGGUGGCCAUUCACAAGGCCCUCCUCAACAGCGGCGUACGGACAUUCGACCCUUACGAGGCGGAUUUCUUCUUCGUCCCGGUUUAUGUUUCGUGCAAUUUCAGCACCGUUAACGGGUUCCCUGCCAUUGGCCACGCUCGCUCUCUGUUGUCUUCGGCGAUUCAGCACAUCUCCUCGCAAUACCUAUUCUGGAAUCGGUCUCAGGGCUCCGACCACGUCUUCGUCGCGUCCCACGAUUACGGAGCCUGCUUCCAUACCAUGGAGGACAGGGCAACCGCCGAUGGGAUACCGGAGUUCAUGAGGAACUCGAUAAUAUUACAGACUUUUGGUGUUGAAUACAAGCACCGGUGCCAAGACGUUGAGCACGUCGUCAUACCACCCUAUAUACCUCCCGAUAGCAUACGUAAAACACUGGAGAAAUCUCCAGUGACCGGCCGGCGAGACAUCUGGGUCUUCUUCAGAGGCAAGAUGGAGGUCAACCCCAAGAACAUUAGUGGAAAAUUUUACAGCAAAAAGGUGAGGACGGAAAUAUGGAGGAGAUAUAACGGCGACCGGAGGUUUUACCUACACAGGCACAGAUAUGCCGGUUACCAGUCAGAAAUCGUACGGUCCGUGUUCUGUUUGUGCCCACUGGGAUGGGCCCCAUGGAGCCCGAGACUAGUCGAGUCAGUCGCCUUGGGGUGCGUACCAGUGAUAAUAGCAGACGGAAUACGCCUCCCAUUCCCCUCCGCCAUACGAUGGGCGGAGAUAUCGCUCCGGGUGGCGGAGAAAGACGUGAAGAAGCUGGGGAGGAUUCUGGAGCACGUGGCGGCGACGAAUUUGUCAAGCAUCCAACGCAACCUGUGGGACCCGGAGGUCCGGCGGACCCUGAUGUUCAACGAGGAGGUGCAAGAAGGGGAUGCCACAUGGCAGGUAAUGGAGGCCCUCUACGCCAAGCUGGACAAGUCAUACCGAAGGUCAAAGGUUUCAAGCCAAUAACAAAACGCCACGACGAUACCUAAAAUUGGAGGGGAGCAUUAGUUUUGGGUUCUGUUUGGCAGUUAGCUGGGGGAUGAGUAAUGAGGAAAUGGAGGACAGCUGGAGAUUUUAAAUAUGAGGGAAUUAGUAGGAGGAGUUAACGUGGUUUUUGAAUAUGAGGGAUUAAUAAUAAUAAUAAAAAAAAAAGUCAGAAAACCAUUGGACGGGACUGCGGAGGAGGUGGGGACCACGGAGAGGACGGUGCGGGAUUGUGAUUUUAUUUUGUGGGAAUGCGGUAAAUUUUUCUUACUGGAUACGUGUACAUAUAUUGACGAUGUAGUAAUUUUUACUGAGGGAGGGUAUGCGGUUGUUGCGAGGAAGAAUCUUUUUGUAAAUGGAAAGCAGAAUUUUUUUAAGCAAAAAAAUAUACAUUUAAUUAGUCC